AUGGCGAGCAACGGUGCGUUUCCUCUGCCCUAUGAGGAGAUUGAGCGCCUGGUAAAGUCCAUAUACGAACCUGGUCAAGCAAAGAAGAUCGCCGAGACCGAGGCCACACUUCGUGUCCUCCAGCGGUCGCCCCAAGGUUGGGAAAUUGCAGAUGCUCUCUUGAAGAGCGACAACGAGCAGGUCCGCUUCUUCGGCGCCCUUACCCUCACCGUCAAGCUCAACGCCGAUUCGGCUGAACUGAGCGAAGAGGAAUCUGAGCAACUGCUUUCGACGCUCGUUCACCAUCUCGUCUCACGGCCUAGCUCGUCCAUAGCCACCCGGAAGGUCAGCUCGACCUUGGCCCAGUACUUCACUAAGCCUAUCUCUGUGUGGACCCAUUGCAUCAGGAGCUUGGCUGCAUCAUUCGCUGCCCAGCGCCCAGUUCUAGAUGAGGCGUUGAAUGAACAUCCUUCGACAUGGGAUCUUCUACCGCAGUUCUCCGACGAGCAGCUUCUGGUCAUGCUUGACUUUGUUAUGAGUUUAGCUGACGAAGCCAAGAAGCCAUCCAACCUUCCAGACCGGAAAUCAGCGGAGCGCAUGGUAGCAAACGUAGAGAGUGUUGAGAUUCUCCUCCACGUGGCAUUCGGUCGUGGCAUCAAAUGGCUAUCAGUAUCCAUCGACGACUCCAACUACGCACAAUCAGUGCAACAAGGAGAGAAGAUCUGCAUAGCCGCUUUGAAGUGCUUCACAGGAUGGAUCUUCUAUGCUCAAUCUGAGUUCAAGGAUGACACUGAGAAGCUUCAACAUCUUCGUUCGGUAAACGAACUCGCCCUGACAUGUUUGGAAUAUCAUGUCGAAGAUGCAAUGGAACUGGUAGCCGAGAUCCUCGAAAACUAUCCCACCUUUUUCGAGGCAAAACAUCAGGAGAUGCUGUGGUCGGCAAUCUCAGGCCCAUGGGGUCUAGAAAUCCUCAAGAAUUCUGACGCCGAGACCAUUUCCCUCGCCCGGAUCAUUGUCGCCUACGGACAGAUUCUGCUUGAUACUAAAGUCAUUUACAAUCAACCAGAAAGUACACAUCAUCAGCAGGUCAUGUCCUUCUUGCAUGAUCUCCUCAAGUACCCUGAGCCAGUAGGCGCCGAAGAUGAAGUUGCACCGGUGGUACUUGACUUCUGGAGCAACUAUGUCAGCGCCAUCGCUGAGGAGACUUUCAUGUAUACUGCAGGAGAGCAGCCUCCGGCCUGGAUGGACACUGCAAAAGCCAACGUGCUCCAAGCAGUCUCUGAGCUUGUGCAGAAGAUCAUCUAUCCACCCACUGACGUCACCGAAUCAUGGGAUUCUGACGCGAAGAAGACGUUCAAAGUUUUCCGUAUCGAUGUCCGAGAUAUCAUCAUGGAGGCAUACGAGCCUUUACGUGACGUGCUGACCGAUCAGUUCGUCGACUUUGCUCUACGUGGACUAAGUGCAGGAAACUGGUUCGAGCUUGAGACUGGGCUCUUCGGUCUGAUUGCCAUCGCCGACGCUCUAACUCGAGGUUCUGACAAUCGUCUGACCAGACUAUUCGAGCAACCACUUUUCUCAACCAUAUCCAGCGCUCCUGGUGUUCCCGCGAUUACCCGAAGGACCGUUGUCGAGCUUGUCGCAGCUCUAAACCAUUUCUUCCUCCGUAACCCUCAAUUCCUCCCUCAAGUUCUUCCUUUUCUGCUCACAGCUCUUGCUCAACCAGCUAUCGCUCACGGAGCUGCAAAGUCAUUUGCCUCACUUUGCUCUGAGUGCCGAAAGUCAUUGACUGGCGAGCUACCAUCGUUUUUCCAGAUGUACGAGCAAUUCAUUACCUAUCCGACUGCUGAGGAAUUCACCAAGAGUAUGGUCCUGAAAGGUAUCGCCGCCAUAGUACAAGCCCAGAACACAGAAGAGAAGCAAUUUGAAGGCGUACGGCAGCUCUUUGAGUACAUUACACGCGAUGCUAUGCAAUCAGUCAACAUCACUAAAGAAGGAGGAGAUGUGGAGGUGGGCCAAGUACUAGCUUUGACCACUUUGAAGUGUCUUGCGAGCGUCGGAAAGGCAAUGCAAGCCUCGGACGAAGAAGUGGUGGACUUGGAAUCUGACAAGGAGCCUUCAGUAUUCUGGCAGCAGGGACCUGGCAAAGAGAUCCAGAAUCAGGUCAUCAACCUCAUAAACUAUAUGACUUCGGUAUUUCCGGGUAACGACGAGAUGAUCGAAGCGGCGUGUUGUGUACUCCGCACGGGGUUCAAGGAGACUGUCUCCGGUCCCUUUGUACUACCACAUUCUGCUGCUAUUGACUUCAUCACUAAGACCACAGUGCAGACGCCAAGACUGCCAUUCGUCUUGGAGACAGCAUGCUGCUGGAUCUCGUCACACAAGCAUCAUAAACCGGAAGGCUUCCAAGUCCAGGCCCAGCGAUUACUCCAACACGAUCUAAGAAUCAUGCGGGCACUAGAGCAUCCACGCAACGAUCCGGAAAUUGCUGUUGGCUGUAUAGAACUCGUCCAGAAUUUUAUCAACACUGAUCCACGAAUCAUGACGCAAGAGUCACCAGAGAAUCUAUCAGGCAUGUUCGGCUUCACGAUUGAGUCUAUUAAGUCGCCUGAGGUGCUACCGAAACGCGCAGCUGCCAAGCUGUGGAAGGACAUCUUCGAAUUGGCAGGAAAUACGCAUAACCCUCAUCAAGCCACGACGCAGGAGAUAGUAGCUCACUUCGGACCGGCAGUGACGCUUGCUCUCAUCGCUAACGUGUGCGGCGAGGUGGACUUCACGAGUCUAGAACAUAUUAUUGCACCUCUUCGUGCUCUAAUAAGAGCCGACAAGAACUCAAGGGCGUACAUUACAAACUCUCUAGCAGAGCAGCCACUUUUGCAGCGCCUUCAACAAGACCAAGGCGUUCAAGAUAUGGUGCGCAAGCUCAUCGAGAGUAUGGCUAGGUGA